UCCAUCCAAUUCCAUCUCAAACUCUCUUUCUAACAAUGUAUUCCUUUAACAACAACAACAUCCUCCCAAUCUCCUCAAACCCAAGUUCACCAGCAAAAGACUGGCCGACUGCCGAAAAGCCCGAUCCCCGUCGACGGCGAAUCUGCAUCGGUCUCUCUGCUGUGGCCAUGGCCGCAAUCGCCGCGACCAUCCUCAUCCUCGCUUUCACAGUAUACAAAGUUAGAGAGCCAACAAUGAGACUGAACUCCGUCAACUUCAAAGACCUCGACCUCACUAAGAACCUAACCGUCGUAGCCGAUGUGUCGGUCAAGAACCCUAAUGCACUCCCCUUCAAGUUCAAAUCAAGCACAACGACACUUCUGUAUCGGACCAAACAAGUCGGGGUGGCUUAUGGGCCGCCAGGGCAAGUUGGGGCUCGUGGGACGCUGCGGACCAACGUGACGAUGAACGUGAUUUCAAGCAAAUUGGUCGGAGAUUCGAAGUUCAUGGAGGACGUGGGGAAAGGGUCGCUUGAGCUCGAGACGUCGACGAUGGUGGGAGGGAAGGUGACGAUAUUGGGGAUAUUCAAGAGGCAUGUGGAUGUGAUGAUGAAGUGUAGCGUGAGUGUUGAGAUUGGGAGCCAGAAGAUUCUUGAUCAGCACUGCGCUCAAAGGAUGUGGCUGUGAUCGGAGGAAGUAGUAAUUGGAAAGCGUUAAACAUUCUCCUACUCCUUUUUUUUACCUUUUUUUUAGUGGGAGAUGCUAAAUUGGGGGAUUGAGACCAUUUGUUAGCACAAUUGUGGGAUUAAAUUGUUGCCCAAUGAGGGCACUGGAUAGCA